AACAAUUUGGAAGGCCGUCGGUGGUCUUUGGCAGAAAGAGAGAGAGAGUACAGUGCUGCUGAGAGAAGAAGAAGAUCGCAACAGCGGUUAAUGGUAAUGGAAUCUCCGUCGAAGAAUUUGGCGCUGUGGAUUUUCCUUUGGGCACUGUUUAUGACCUCCGGCGUUGUGACUGCAUGGACCGGCGAAAUCCGCGGCAGAGUCGUUUGCGACGUUUGUGGUGAUUCCUCCGUCGGCCCCGGAGACCAUAUCUUAGAAGGUGCUGAAGUGGCUGUUCUUUGCAUAACAAAAUCAGGGGAAGUUCUGAAUUAUCAAGCAUUCACAAACGCAAGAGGUAUAUAUUCAGUUGCAGAGACUAUGUCAGAAAGCGAGCGAUGGGAUGCAUGUUUGGCCAGACCCAUCAGCAGCUUCAAUCAAGCCUGUUCCAAGAUUCCGUCCGGCAGCAGCCGAGGGGGUGUCAAGUUCACCUAUAGCCGCCCUUCCGGUUAUUCUCACACUGUUAGACCUUUCGUCUAUCGUCCCAUCGACUCCCCAACAUACUGCAUGUGAAUUCAGUGUGUGGUAAUGGCAUACAAAAUAUCAUAUACACUUGAAGUUGGUGAUAGAUCAGGCUUAUCAGCUGCUGGUUUAAUGUUUAAAUUAUCUGCAAAGAAACUAAUUUCAGCUUUUUGUCAAUUAAGUGUUUAUAUCAAUUAUUAUGCUGAAAUCAAACCAUGCCCCUUUGGCCUAUCUAGCUAGUAUCACUCUCAAUUUUGUCUUCAUUGCAAAGAUUUUGGAUGUUAUAGCUCUACUUGAUCAUACUACAAAUUGUUAAUCUCACAAUCAAACUUAUACUUCAGGUGAAAUAAGUUCUUAAUGUGUAUAAAUGUAUGUGUUCUAGCAUCUACAAUGAA